AAUAUCGAACGAAUACGCUGAAGCUUCGUUGCGGAAACCUGUCGUUUGAAUAAACGCUGCAAGCUGCAAUAACUGGGCGGAGCUCUGGAGUUCAUGAAACAUAACAUUAGCAACAACUGCAAGAUUGAGGCAGGCAGGGCAUAAACUGCACGGAGUGCGACAGAUGCAGUGUAGCCGCGUGAGUUAAUUCUGUUAAGAACCUAGCUAGUCCAAUUAUCAUGCGGCGACAAGAAGAAAUCCUCGCAAUGUCAAUUCUGAACCGAAACGGCGGAUAAACACAUAACCAAAAGGAUCUUAGAGUCAAGACGGUAGAAGACUAAACCACCAACAGCCACCGGGCUUUGCAACUUCAGUCAGUCGAGAACAUAACCAAGAUGAAACAGACUGAUAUAUACGACGCAACUGACUACUGUGGCUUCAGUUUUAGAUAAUGUCUCAUAGCUGUUUUAGCUAACUAUUUGCCCUUCGCGUGUAAAGUGUGCGGCUACAUUUUACGCGCAGACCAACCAGAACGUCUGUCAGAAUAAUUCCUUACCUUGGACUAUUUCUGGAAUUUGAUCGCUAUCAUGGGAACAUACAUUGACGUAUUACUUGUCACUGCCAACGUUGGAUCAUUAUUUGAUAAUGUGGGUGAGAUUGAGACUGACUGGCUACGAGAAUUCUUCACGACGGUUCACACCUACAAGCCUCGCUUCGUGGCUCUGCACUUCCAGGAAGUGGGAGGGAAGGACUACAUGGUCAACAUGGGCCAUGCGGAGAACUUCUUCCGGAACAUCGAGUCCAGUGAGGAGAUGCGGGAGUUUGACAGGGUCUGCAUCUACGUGGACAACCACUUCAAAGCAGUGGACAGCUUCACGGCUCUUGGAAGCAUGUACUUCAUUCACAAGUCCCUGAAGAACAUCUACCAGUAUGAUUUUAACAUCAAAGAUUUUAAAGCUGUCUCGGGGCACAACAAAUAUGUCGGCUCUCUGGAUGGGGUGGCCACGGUGGAGAAAGAAAAAUUUCCAAAGAAUUUCUGGCCUGACUUCAAGUGGUCCAGGAAAGGCUACAUGAGGACUCGGUGGAUCAUCCACAACCAGGGCCUGGAUCUCGUCAAUGUCCACCUCUUCCACGAUGCCUCCAACCUCAUCGCCUGCAACUCCAGUCCCUCUGUCUACUCUGCCAACCGCAAGAAGGCCCUGCGUUACGUCAUCAACAGGGUAUCAGACAGCAGCUACACCCCUCUGCCAUUUUUCCUGUUUGGAGAUUUCAACUUCCGCCUGGACACCCUCAGUCUGGUUCAGAACCUGUCCCGGUCAGCAGAUGUCCAGACAGUGAAGAAGGACAGCAGUAACGAGGUGGAGAAGAUCAUCUGUGAGGAGAAGGACAAUGACCACAAGGUCCUUCUACACAUUGAGACCAAGCUCUUUGCCUACUUGCACCAGGCGGUCUUCAGAGAGGACAACGGCAGGGCGCUCUUGAAAUAUGACAAAGAGAUCACAGCUUUCCAGGAUGUCAUCACUGAGGAGGACAUCCUGUUUCCCCCCAGUUACCCCUACAGUGAGGACUACUCCAAACCCACGCAGUACAUGAACACGCGCUGUCCCUCCUGGUGUGACCGCAUCCUCAUGUCCCACUCCGCGCGUGACAUCAUCCACAGGGGAGAGGAGGGGGAGAGUAACGUGGUGUACAACACGCUGGGCCCCAGUGUCUGCAUGGGAGACCACAAGCCUGUCUUCUUGUUCUUCCCACUGAAGACAAACGGCCACUGAGGCAGAGGCUGGAGCCCUGCGGAAUGGGGAGAGGUUGUGGGUGAGCCAGCAUCUGUGAAAUGAGGGGUCGGAAAUCACACAUUCCAGCCCCGCCCACAGGAAGUCAUCUGACCGGCCUAGAUUCUUUGCCCCUCCCCCUUUAAGUACCCGGCAGUGUGGGACAGUGAUACACUGUUAAAGGGACCCCUCUCUCUGACCACUGCAUGACCUGUACAAAGCCCCAGCAAUGACUCCCUGUUUUACUCUGUGGAACCAGUCCUUGUCCUCAUGCACGUGCAUGGCUAAACUUGGGGUGCUGUCACAGACUGUCUGCCAUCAGCAUUACACAUUCGCUGUGUAGCAUUAGUGUUAACAUUGCCAAACUCUUCCAAGGCCCUGUGGUCUGAAACAUGAUCCCUCCCAGUGUGACUGUGUCCAUUCCCACAAUGCAACAGAAGCCAAAUUCCCCCACCACAUGAUGGAAAUUUCCAGACUUCCAUUCUUUACUGCUGAAGCACGUGGCUGGGGGGGUCAUGUUAACCGAGUGCGUGAAUCACCGGCAGAUGUAGUGGGGGCUUCCAGUGCACUCGGCCACCCAAUCCCUGGAAGUCGAGGGAGGAAGGAGGGAGGAAGAAGCGCGUGAUUCCUGUCUGAGAUCAUCCUGUUCUCCCACCUCGUGAGAUGGCUGCCUUCCCACAGACUAGCGCUGCAGCGCUAGUGGUGGGUGUCUCUCUGUGUCCACAGUGCGUUCCUCACUACUGCCCUCCCUCAGACUCCAGUCAGCCUGCUCCAGAGCACCCAGCUCCCUAAGAGUUCAAGACAGGGAAAGACAGACAGACAGACAGACAUACACCAACAGCUCUCUGUGUCUCCGAGUAAGAGCCCUGACUGCAGUCAGUCAACAGUUCUCUCACAGUUCUUGUGUACGGUCAUGUUUUUAACCCCGCAAGCAUCCAUCAGAAAUGACCACGUGGAUCUAAGCGACAGACAUGGCUAUUAUUCAUGUUUCCCAUCAUUUUUUCCUUAUUUUUAUUUUGUUUCCUCUCUAGUGUCAGCAGAUACUUGCGAAAGAAAGAAACACGAUAAACAAUAGCUGCUAACAUGAUUUGUCAGCAUUGCAAAUUACCUGCCUGUCCCUUUAUGCAAAACAAGAAACUUAAUUAAGAAAGGACGUGAACUCCUUUUAUUCUGGGGGUGGAUGGCAUGUGUUUUUUCACUUUUAAGUACUGUCCUGGUUUACCCUCACACAUGUACUUAACUCUAAGUAAAUGUUUUACUCAGCCAUGUCUGGGAGCGCCAUGCUGCCUGCCCCAGCUGUCACGGCGACGGUCACACCGCCGUUUAAAUCAAUACAGAAUUUGCAAGAUCACUGGGGACAGAUUUAGAAGCCUUCAGAAGGGUCUGAAAUAUGGAAAUCCCACACAUUGGAGUGCGGCUUUGCCUUCCCCUAGACUUUUAAUUAGACGCUUACUAGCUGCAGGCUUUGGAAUUUUAACAGCCGCAGAUGUAAGCCACAGCAUGCAAUGGAAGGGACAGUUUGGACUUUGGGCUGGACUGUUCAAGUAUAUGUUGAUUCUUUGAGACAUUGAGGUGCUGUGUGUGCUGUUUUUGGAGCGCAGAUUUUAUACUACAGCCCCCUUUGCCAGUUCUCAACAUUACUACACAGUGAUGUGUCUCUUAGGAUGUAUGUUCAGCUGUGAAGGCCAUUUAACUAUACUCAUUAAGUGCUUUAUUCACUGGUGAAUGGCUUGAUUUUUUCCUAUUCAGCCAAUAUUUUUCUUUUUAAAUUGACACAUCAGCACAAUGGCAGUGUUGCAGAAAUUCUGUUGCUUUGUCCUCUCACUUGGUUUGAAGCUAUUUCCUUCAAAAUCAUUUUUAUUUUUGGGGAUGGGAGGUGAAAGGUGUAAAUAGUAUUCAUCUGUAGCGAAGGCAGUCCCGUUUUCCUGCUUAAACCAAAAUGUAGCUCAUAUUGUUAUAUUAUGUUCACUGGUUCCAUCCCCUCAACCUGUAUAGUGUUUUCUCAUGGUGUCAUCUGCUUGGUUGUUGCUUUGGAUGCUCUCAGAUGUUUGAGGCUAUCGUAUGAGGAGUGGAUGUUGAAAUAUUUCUUUGCCAAAACCAGCAACCUUUGUUUACCAUGUCACUUAAUGUAUCGGAUGGUAUUGGGACAUGAUGAGGUAAAAGUACCUCAUGCACACAUGCACACAUACAAAGACACACAAUCGUAGACAUACCUGUACACGGACAGACACAAACACAGAAUUUGAUUGAAUUACACUCUUGAAUUGUAUCAGUGGUUUGUGUUUGAGUGUACAAACUCAUUGGCAUCAAGAUUUGAGAUUAUUCAUUUGUAUUUAACGGUCAAAUUGUAUCCAAUCAAAGCUGUAAUUAAUUGUGAAACUAUUAUGGCUACUUUUACUUUUCUUGUUGUUGCAUAGUUAUUGUAAACGCUUGUAGUAAUGAACUCUUGAGCAUUCAUUCUCACCCUAGUCCUUCUCAUGGUAGCCUUACUCCACUCUCCUACGUAUUGUAAAAUCAGAAAGCCUUCCUUGGUAUUUAUUUGAUCAGCCUUUGCCAAAUGACAAUCAGUCAGGCCUGGAUGUAUUGUAGACUGACAAGGAGGUUGUGAGUUCGGUGCAGGUAAAUACAUAGGUUAUCUAUGAUUGAACAUGCAAAUUGGAUCCUCAAGAGUUUCAUUAACUUUAUUGACAAUCGAUAAUCCAGAUUAUCAGAGUGGAUGUAAGAAGGCUCAUUUGUCAAUAAUUUACUUGUAGCAAUCCUUCCAUGAUAAGGGCAGCAAAAUGUAAAGCCUGUAUUUGGCUUUCUGUUGACCACAGGGAAUGUGUUUGCUCUGAAGUUCAUUAUGAGGCCAGCAAUAUCAUUAAAUUGAAAGCACUGAUGCUGUUAAUGUCCUUUUAUGGUCUUAAAAACACUACAUUCAUAUUUUAUCUUAUCUAUGGAAGUGUGUACAUAAAUAUACAACAUUUUAAAACGUCUUCUUGCCCCAGAUAAUUUUCCAGUAUGCUGUAAGUACUUGAACUGUGCAGCUUGUAAAAAAAAAAGAAUCCGUUUCGUGAUUAUUCUUCUUGAAUGGGCUGUCUCAGCCUCUAAGCUUCUUUCCUUUUACAAUUCUUGAGAGCUGAAAAUGUGGUAUCUGUCUUGUCAGGUUACCUUUAGGGUAAGAGCGGUGAGAGACUCUCUUGAACCUUUAAUCAGUGUCUUUUUUAUUCACAGGACCUAAUCGCAAACUGUCUAAGUGCUUUCAGACGCACAGGACUUCAAAUGUUUUCAAAAGAACAAAGCCCUACUUUGAGCUAUAUGCUGAGACUGAAAGUGUUCAGGAAGUUCACCUAGUUUCUCAGUCUCCACAUAACCAAGGCCUGUUGAAUUCCCAAAGACAAUUUCCUGUAGGUAUAAAUCUAUUUAAUGAAAGCCACUGCUUUGGAAGCUCCAUAGACUUCUCAUACAAAAACUCAUCAGUGUUUAAUUGUCCACUGUAAAGACACACCCACUGAGGCACGAAGCCUGGUAUCCAGCCAGUAUAUACACGGGGCCGGGGCCUCAGGCAUGUUCCCUUAUACAGUGACAUUUUGCACAGCAAAGUCAGGCUGCCUGCCAAUGGCGUUAACUGAAAUAGAUGGGAUAUUAAAUCUGCUUCCUCAAGGUGAUAUGGGACAUUUUGUUUUGUUUUUUUUUUUUUACACUUAUUUAUUUUUUUUUCUUGGAGAUGGGCGAAGUUGUUCAGAUCAAUGCGGGUUGAGGGCCAGAGAAGGAAAAAAAAAAAAACGGCCGAAAUGAUGUGUUGCUCAGAAUCUGCUCCUCACCAUAGUUAGAUGUGAGAAGACAAAUUGUCACGUGAUUGGGCCACUGCUAAUUCACCUACAGCACACGGUGCGAGCAAAGCCAUCCAUAGGCCGAUACGGCAGCAUUCUCACUGUAACCAGCUGUUAGUCAUUGUGAAAUCAAGCCCGCCAGUGCAAGAAAACAUAAUGGGCAGAUAGGAGUACAGACAGUAACAAAGGAGGUCUUUAGGAGACUAGGCUCAUUGUCAUAGUGUUUUAUAAAGAAAAGGCCACGGCAUGUGCGUAGAGAUAUGUAACAGUGCCAAGAACUGAAUGGUGUCUUAUACAUUUUCCUCUCCAUUGUGGUGUUUAAUUAACCAUUCAUACUUGAUACAUUUGUGACAUAUUGUAAUUUCAUAUGUUCAGAGAAGAUAUAUAUUUCCCUGACUGUUUGUCCCAGGGAUGAUGGAAAAUAUACAGCAUUUCUAUCACCAUCAUACAUAUUUCAUCUUGACCACUAAAUCAUUCAGCAUUCAAAGGUGUCAUGUGUCAUCAGACCAUCUUAUUUUAACUUGCAGCAGCAGGAGUGAAUGUUUUAUCUUGUAAAUGACAUAUCAAUGUUUCUAUUGUAUUU